GGCACGUACGUAUCACGAAUGCAAAAAUCGCGCUAGAUCGUCCGAGGAGCGGAAUACCGAGCUCGGCGAAUGCUGGUAGGCAAGAAAGGGCGAGUAUCGGUGCAUAACAAGAGUGUCGGCGAGACGAUGGCGUCAACGGAGCAAGUUGGUCUAAACAAGACGUGGGAGCUGUCGCUCUACGAGUUACACCGAACGCCGCAGGACGCGAUAACAGAUAACACGGAGAUAGCGGUAAGCCCGCGAAGCUUGCACAGCGAAUUGAUGUGCCCGAUAUGCCUCGACAUGCUGAAGAAAACAAUGACAACCAAAGAGUGUCUCCACCGUUUUUGCUCCGACUGUAUAAUCACUGCACUUAGGAGCGGCAACAAGGAAUGUCCGACGUGUCGGAAGAAGCUGGUGUCCAAGCGUUCGCUGCGCCCCGAUCCUAACUUCGAUCUUCUAAUUUCCAAGAUUUAUCCGAGUCGUGACGAGUACGAGGCCCACCAGGAGCGCGUACUGGCUAAACUAAACAAGUCUCAUUCGCAAGCGGCGCUCGUUAAUUCAAUAACAGAAGGGAUCAAGCUGCAGAGUCAGAACAGGCCCCAGAGAUCUAGAAAGAAUGCCAACGAGCCAGAGAAUCCCAAUGGUACUACGCCCAAUAACAUCGGAGCAAAUACCAGCGGGAGAACGACACCUGUCACUCCGAUCAAUCCUGCUAAUCAAAGCGACUCCUCGCAGGGACUUACUGGAAAUAUUAAUAACAGUAAUGGCCUGGGAAAUGUUAUUUCUAAUACGAAUCAACCAAAUUCUAACAACAACGUAUCUCAGCCAGCUAGUAGCCCUGCCGUUUCAGGGACAACGUCCAGAAAUUCAACGACACCAUCUCCAAACCCAUCAAAUCAAAUUCCUAAGCCAGCAAAGCGUCAGAAGAGUUUACAAAAUUCGGAAAAUGAUUCAGCGGGAUCUAGUGCGGAGGCUGAAACAGGCGGUGGUGAUUCUAUGGUGGAUACCGAAGGCGAAGGACCUAGUGAACCGUUAAUGCUGAACGAGAUUGAAUUAGUUUUCAAACCGCACCCAACAGAAAUGGCAGGCGAUAAUUCACUGAUCAAGGCAUUGAAAGAAAACAGUAUUCGAUAUAUAAAAACAACGGCGAAUGCGACAGUUGACCAUCUGAGCAAAUAUCUCGCAAUGCGUCUGACGCUAGAUCUGGACACAGAGUUGUCGGAGUCUCACAGGCAUUUGAAUUUUUGCAUCUACAUCGCACCGUCCCCAGGACAGCUCGUGGUUUUGAGUGGUUCCCAAACGUUGCGUCAAGUUAACGACAAAUUUUGGCGAGUAAACAGGCCCCUAGAGAUGUAUUAUUCCUGGAAGAAAACCUAGGGAAGGCCCAAGAAGUCUCAGUCAGACGAAGGCUAGCAUAUAAUCGAUAUAAACUUGACUCUGGGUAAAGGAAUUUUAGAAAAUAGCUAUAACCAUGUUACAACUUUUCUACGUGAAAGAGAGAGAGAGAAAGAGAAGAAGAAGGAGAAGAAGA